AAUGGUGAUGUUAUAUUGUGUUCAUCUGAAGUGGUGAUGCAAUAUAAUCCAGCCAUGUAGACGAUACUUUCUAGCCUCUUCACCAGAACUGUUAUUUUUCAAUCUAAGAUGAGUCUGGUUUAGUUGUUUGCACUAGGCCUAGCUAAGAAUAAUUGUCUUCAGGGCAUGUGUGGUCAUCAAGGUCAUGAUAAAUUUCAUCAUUGGAAGCCUGCUCGGCGGGGCUUUCGCGCGUGCGCCAAAAUUUCGCGGAAAACGCGCGACCAUUUGAAUUUUUUUCGUUUGUUGACAUGGAUGACCGUUUAAAGUUGCAAAAGCUAAUAUUUAAUAUUGCCACACCUGUCUCAAAGUAGAAGAGAAAAGUAGAAAAAUAGCUAAGGGAAAAAGCAUUGUUGAGAUUGUAUCCACAAAAAGUAUCGACAUGCAAUCCCAGGAAAAACGAAAACGCUCGUCUUUAUACUUUGUAGCGAGCAAGAAGCAGAGGAAAUCAAGCACCAUUGAUAAAUCAGGACAAUCUCGAAAAACGAGCAUUAACAACAGUGCAAACGUCACAUCAAGGACAACGAGAAAUAACAGGCAGUGCCAAAGGAGUAGCCUGACGAUGAUUAAAAAUAACCGUGAAUUGGCCACUGCAUUAGGUAAGGCCAGAUUACGUAUUGCAGAGCUGGAGGAUCAGGGAUUGCAAUUUAAAAAGUAUCAGCAUGAAUUAAGAGGAAAAUGCGUGAUGUUGAAUAACCAGCUACAGAAAAUUAAGGAAGAAAACAGCUCAAAGCAGGCUAUUGACCUUAACACUUUAAAGGGUGAAUGCCAAUCAUUGCGUUUGAGUAUCCAAAGAGCAACGGAAAAAUUGCUGGAGUCGACAGUUUUUCUUGGCGAAAUAGAUGAGUCGAUUGAUAAAAUGUUCCGUUUACUAAAUGGCGAGAGUCAAAAUUGCCCUGACGUGUGUAGGUAAGUGAUACGGUUUUAUAAGAUUGCCCACCAGUCUAGCUCAGUGGCAGUGUGACGUUUUGAAAAGAAAAUGAAUCAGACCCGGCCAAAAAUGGCUUUAUCCCCCAAUUAUAAGUAAAGCUUCCAGGAGCUUUC